UAAAAAGAUUAACAAAAGAAAGAGGAAAACCCUUCCUCCGUUUCAGCAGCUCUGUGUCGCCGCCGCCAACAUCGUCUUUCUUCCAUACGUGUUGCCGCAGCUUCCUCCCUCCUAGCGUUGCACUGAUUUUGGUCGUAGACGAUUUGCUGCGAACUCGAGGGAUUCUAUGGGGAAGCAGGACGAGCCUCUCCAUGUGAGUUCCAAAGCGGAACUGAAGCGAAGAGAGAAGCAGCAGAAGAAGGCAAAGUCUGGAGGGUUUGAGUCCUUAGGUCUCAGUCCCAAUGUCUACAGGGGAAUCAAGCGCAAGGGCUAUAGAGUGCCCACUCCAAUUCAGAGGAAAACCAUGCCGCUCAUUCUUUCCGGCAACGAUGUGGUGGCCAUGGCACGGACGGGCUCAGGUAAAACUGCUGCUUUUUUGGUGCCUAUGCUGGAACGGCUUAAACAGCACGAGCCUCAGGGUGGUGUUAGGGCUCUCAUCUUGUCUCCUACCAGGGACUUGGCGCUUCAGACUCUCAAGUUCACCAAGGAACUUGGAAAAUUCACGGAUCUUCGAAUUAGUUUAUUGGUUGGCGGUGAUAGUAUGGAAGCUCAAUUUGAAGAAUUGGCUCAAAAUCCUGAUAUUAUAAUUGCCACUCCUGGAAGGUUGAUGCACCAUUUGUCUGAGGUUGAUGACAUGACCUUGCGCACUGUGGAAUAUGUGGUUUUUGAUGAAGCUGAUUGUCUCUUUGAUAUGGGUUUUGCUGAGCAGUUGCAUAAAAUCCUUGCACAACUGAGUGAGAAUCGACAGACCUUACUUUUUAGUGCAACUUUACCAAGUGUUCUUGCAGAGUUUGCAAAGGCUGGUCUUCGUGAUCCCCAGCUUGUGCGCCUUGAUGUAGAUAAUAAGAUUAGCCCUGACUUAAAGCUUGUCUUUUUUACUUUGCGUCAAGAAGAAAAAAAUGCUGCACUGUUGUAUUUGGUCAGAGAGAAAAUCAGUUCCGAUGAACAAAGUUUGAUUUUUGUAUCCACUCGGCAUCAUGUAGAGUUUUUAAAUGUCUUGUUCCGAGAGGAAGGUAUUGAGCCAUCUGUAUGUUAUGGUGAAAUGGACCAAGAUGCUCGCAAGAUUCAUAUAUCAAGAUUUAGGGCAAGAAAAACAAUGUUCUUAAUAGUGACUGAUGUUGCAGCUAGGGGAAUUGACAUCCCAUUGCUUGAUAAUGUUAUCAACUGGGACUUCCCUCCAAAACCUAAAAUCUUCGUACACCGAGUUGGACGAGCUGCAAGGGCUGGUCGAACUGGUGCAGCAUUUUCAUUUGUGACUUCUGAAGAUCUUCCCAACCUUUUAGAUCUUCAUCUUUUUCUCUCAAAACCUAUAAGAGCUGCCCCUACUGAAGAGGAGGUCUUACUUGAUAAGGAGGGUGUAUUCUCUAAAAUAGACAAUGCAAUUGCAAGUGGAGAAACUGUAUAUGGUCGUCUCCCUCAGACAGUUAUUGAUCUUGCUUCCGACAGAAUCAGAGAAACCAUUGAUUCUUCAGCUGACUUGAUUUCUCUGCAGAAAACCUGUUCAAAUGCAUUUCGUAUGUAUUCAAAGUCAAAACCACUACCUUCGAAAGAGUCUAUCAGAAGAGCAAAGGACUUACCUCGUGAAGGAUUGCAUCCAAUCUUCAAAAAUAUACUAGAAGGUGGUGAAUUAAAGGCAUUGGCUUUCUCAGAGCGCUUAAAAACAUUCAGGCCCAAGCAGACAAUACUAGAGGCUGAAGGAGAAACUGCCAAGUCAAAGCAUCGACAGGGUCCUAGGCAAUGGGUUGAUGUAAUGAAGAGAAAGAGAGCUGUCCAUGAGGAGGUCAUUAACUUAGUUCAUAAGCAACGCUCUGCCAAGCACGUUGAGGAGGAACUCCCGUUGGAAAACAUUUCUCCAAAGGGUAAGAAUAUGAAAGGAACUCGAGGAUUAAAAAAAAGAAAGACUGCAAGUUUCAAAGACGAGGAGUUCUACAUAAAUUCCGUACCAACAAAUCAUCAUACAGAAGCAGGAUUAGCAGUAAAAGGCGAUCAAGGUUUUGGGUCCAACAGGUUGGAUAAUGCUGUUCUGGAUCUAGUCGCUGAUGAUAGUUCUGGCAUGCAGAAACAUAAAUCUGUAUACCAUUGGGAUAAGAGGGGCAAGAAAUAUGUGAAAUUAAACAAUGGGGAUCGGGUCACAGCCAGUGGAAAGAUAAAGACAGAAAGUGGUGCAAAAGUAAAAACUAACAAGACCGGCAUAUACAAGAAAUGGAAAGAACGAUCACAUAAUAAGAUCUCUCUCAAAGGAAUAAGUUUGGGAGAUCACGAUGGUGAAGCCAUGAACCGUGCUGGUGCAGGAAAUCAGCGAUUUUCGGGAAAUAAAAGAAAGUUUGGAUCCGGCAAAAACCAGCAUUCAGUGCCUAAUGCUCAUGUGCGCUCUGAAGUUAAAAAUCUCGAUCAAAUUCGGAAGGAACGACAGAAAAAGGCAACUAGAAUUCAAACCAUGAAGAACCAACCGAAAAGGGGUAAAAAGAAAUCUGGUAAAAAGGGAAACCGAGGAAAGGCGAAGUAGGAAGAAAUAAAAGCUUUGUCUUGCUCAAAAAGAGGGAAGAUUUUCUAUCCACUUCGUUUUUAGGAGACUUAGAAGUUCUCACACUGAUUACAUGGUCUUAUACCGAUCUAAUCCAAAGUAGAGGAAAAGUAAAGAUUUUUAGUUUCCAUGCCUCCAUUUCAUGUGUCUCUUCAUUAUUUAUGUUCAAUGCCUCUGUCAUCCUUUUUCCCCAUAGAAUUUAGUAGUUCAAGAACACAUGUGGUGUCUGAUGGCAAAUUAUGAGAGGCUGCUUUCUUUCGGCCUAUUUUGUAAUGUCUUUAAAUGCUUCUGGUCGAGUUCAACUAGCCAAUACGGGGUGGAUUAUUAUACCUUCAAUUUUAAGAAAAGUAGUAGGUGUUUAGCUUAUCCAUUUAGAGAUGGUUGAAUUUUAUAUUUUGAAUUCUAAUGUAUUUUUUGGUUGGGUCUA